AUGAACCUGUCCUGCUCUGAGAAUCAAACGUCUAUCAAGGAAUUCAUAUUACUGGGAUUUGUAAAUAUCAAGCAAGGAAGGAGCUUCCUUUUCAUCCUCUUUCUUACCAUGUAUACCAUCUGCUUAUUAGGGAAUUCACUCAUAAUUGUUGUAGUUCUCUUAAAUCAGACACUCCACACCCCUAUGUAUUUCUUUCUUGGCAACCUCUCUUUCCUAGAUGUCUGUUACAUCUCUGUGACUGUACCAAAAAUGUUAGCAGAUAUUUGUGCUGAAUCCCCAGUCAUUUCUUUCAUGGGAUGUGCAGCGCAAAUGUACUUCCUCGUCACUUUAGUGGGCACAGAGGGAUUCCUUCUGGCCUCUAUGGCUCUGGACCGUUUCUUCGCUAUAUACCGUCCAUUGAGUUAUACUCAGCUCAUGAAUAAAUGGACAUGCCUCCAGAUCGCUGCCAUAUCCUGGAUUUGUGGCUUUCUCAAUGCUUCCCUCCACAUAACACUCACUUUCCAUCUGUCUUACUGCCGAACUAAUGGAAUUAGCCAUUUUUUCUGUGACAUCCCUCCACUGCUGAGUAUUUCAUGUUCAGACACAUCAGUCAAUGAAGCAGCUCUUCUCACAGCAGGUGUGUUUGUUGGGCUUAGCCCUUUUUUCUUCACUCUAGUCUCCUAUGCUUUCAUCCUUCAUGCCACUUUGAGCAACCGACAAAAACGGCAGAGUCACAAAGCCAUUUCCACUUGUGUAUCUCACCUGACAGUUGUGAUUCUGUUCUAUGGCUCUGGUGUCUUCACUUAUUUCCGUCCUACCUCCAGCUACUCGCUUGAAAGAGACCAGCUUGUUGGGGUUCUAUACAAUAUCUUAACACCAACACUCAACCCUCUUAUCUACAGCCUGCGGAAUAAGGAUGUGAAAUUGGGAAUGAGGAGGUUGAUGAGAGAACAUUUUGUUUUGAAAACUAGGCUCUUCUACAACAACUGA